AUGGUUGCUCAUUCCAAAAUUCUUCUGACUAAGUGUGCUCAGUUUAGAGAACAAGGUGAAUUCAUUGAUGUUUAUUUAAAAGUGGGGGAAGAGGUUUUCUCAGCUCAUCGCAUCGUGCUCGCUGCCAGUAGCGAUUAUUUCCACGCCAUGUUUGCUCAUGGAAUGAAGGAGUCGAACCAGGAAGUGAUCGAGCUCAAAGAUGAAAGCAUUUCAGCAGCUGCCUUGAAAAUCGUGUUGGAUUCCAUCUACAGCGGAGACCUUCAAGUCAGCGAUGAAAAUGUCUUUGAGGUUCUUGUCGCAGCCGAUCACCUCCAAGUUACAAGUGUUGUUCAACAGUGUUGUGAUUACCUGCAGACUCAGUUUGUUCAGGUUCGAUUUGAUGUGCAGACAUAUUGUCAAAUCUGCAUCAUUGCAAAUCGGCACGGACUGAUAGGUCUACAAGAAUCCACACAGCGCAAGAUGGCGUCAAUGUACAAGGGCGUUUGUGAGAAUGAAGAAUUCUUGUCCCAUGUUGAUGCUGAUCAGUACACUCGCCUUCUCAGCCGAGAUGACCUCAGCGCUCCUUCAGAAACAUUCGUCUUCAAAUCUGUGAUGCAGUGGAUCAAGUACAAGAAGGAAGAGAGGAUGACAGUCGCAGCUGAAGUUAUCGGAGCGGUUCGUCUGGGGUUAGUGGACAUCAGGAAAAUCAUUGAAGAACUCGACACAGAGGAGAUGAAACAAAUUCCGGAAAUAUUCAGCCUAGUUUAUGAAACACUCGUGCACAGCUAUAGUCCUUCCAACAGUUCCAAGUUUGCUUUAGAGAAGGCUAAACCGAGAUCCAUGAGCCAGGUAAUAACAAUUUUCUAAUUAACGCCACGUACGUACCGGCUUAGGUUUCUUAGGAUUAAUAAGCAAAACAAAUGAAAAAUAUAAAUAAAAGUAAUUUAUAAGGCGUCUGAUCAACACAAACUAGAUACAGAAGACAAUUAUAUCUUUGUAACUAAUACUCUCUAUUUGCUUUUUGUGUUUUAGGUUCUUAUUGCAAUUCUUCCGCAGUCUCAGAUGCAGUUUUUUGACGUCCAAUCAAAAACGUGGAAAUCUUUGCCUUCAAUGUCACAGCUGUCUGAGGCAACGGCAUGCUUUUGUGCCGAAUAUGUUGGUAAUUACAUGUAUGUAGCAGCAAAACGAGGGUAUGAUUUUGUUAAUUAUCGUUAUCAUACAGUUAAUAACACCUGGGAGACACUUCCAUCUUUUGCUGGCUUAGCCAACCAAAUCAGUUCUUUCUGCAGUGUCGACGACCAUUUAUAUGCGAUAUACCAAUCAAAUACACCUUACAGAUUCCACAUUUCUACAGAUCAGUGGCAAUGUGUAGCUAACGUAAGUGCUCAAUGUUACGUGUCCCAGAGUUCAUUUUGUAACAAGGCAGCUGUAGUUUAUAAAUCGCAUGUUUACGUUCUUCAUGGACAGGUAACCCAAUAUACCCAACCGAGAUAUGGAGUAUAUUGGGAGCCAAAGACAGCAGACGUCUUUUGUUUUGAUCCAACGAGAAAUGUAUGGGAAAAAAAGGCUUCCACAAAAUCUCAUCACUUUGGUUCUAGCCUCUUAGUAGUAAACAAUAAACUCUAUGUCGCUGGGGGAAAGUACACCAUCGAUACAUAUACUGCUGAACCAUGCGGUGGUGCUGGUUCUGUUGAAGUGUAUGAUGAGGAAAAUAACACUUGGUCUGUUGUAGACCAACCACAUAUUCCCCCAAACAAACUUGGAGCAAUAGAAGUUGAAGGGAGUGUAUAUUUCAUUAUCAACAAUUUUCCAGUAGACAGUGGAAUUAGGAUCCCAUCAGGAGAGGUGUAUCCUGUUUCGUUGGAUGAGUGGGAAAAUUUAGGGAAGGUGGCCAUAAAUGCAGUUUUGUGUCACGUGCCAGUUAAAAGGGAAAACUUAACAUCUCAAUAA